AUGGCCACAUGCAAAUAUACUUGGUCUGCCAAUAAUGCAGACGAUUGGGUUUUGAAAUUAGGAUUCGUGGGUGAAGGUUUUGCCGCGUCAACGAGUAGUGGAGACUUGUUUGGCUACUCAUUGCAAAAUGUGUCCACGCCGAUAAUUAAUAUAAAGCUGGCGCAUGAGACAAGCAUUAAUGACAUGAAAGUGAUUGAUGAUAACCUAAUAGCUACUUGCUCCACUGAUGGUAUUAAAGUUUGGGACGUUAGAGUGGGCAGCAGUCAGGCAACAUUGGGCAAUGGAAGAUCUAACUUCUUAUCACUUGCACUGCGAGGUAAUUUAUUGGCUGGAGGCACAGAACUAUUAGGUGCCGAUGCCGAGGUGCAUAUUUGGGAUUUGAGGAAUUCAGCUCAAUUGGUAAAGUCCUUUGUUGAUUCACAUCACGAUGAUGUUACCGCACUCGAGUUCCAUCCAACAUUUAGCAAUUACUUGAUGUCAGGCUCGACGGAUGGCUACGUAAACAUUUAUGAUUUAUCAAAAUCAGACGAGGAUGAGGCAUUGCAUCAAGUCAUUAAUUUUGGGUCAGUCCAUUCGUGUCAUUUUGUAACAGAAUCAAGAAUUUCUGUUUUGACCCAUAUCGAAACACUUUUGUUUCACGAUUUGAAUGAUACAAAUUAUGAAGAAUUGGUGGGCCCAAAGCAUGUCGAUAAAGGAGAUUUGAGAGAACAGUGGGUAGACAAUGAAUAUGUUAUAGACAUCAGUCCUAGUGGGUUUGCAGCAUAUGGUGCAAAUUCAUUAAAAAAGCUAUCCAUCAUACCAUUUAACCCUAAAAAGGAGAAAUUCAAAGACUCAAAGAGUAUUAGCUUUCCUGGUGGACACAGUGAAGAAGUUGUGAGAGAUGUCCUAAUCAAACCGAACACGACACAAUGCUUGACUUGCGGUGAAGAUGGCAAAGUAAAACUUUGGGAGUUACCCGGGACUCUUAAAUACUACUCGAUUGGAUCUACUCCUCCAGUUUCGAUUAGUAAGACUAAGAAUAAGUCAGAUACAAAGAAGCAUCACAAGAAACCACAUAAAAACAAAAGCCGAAGAUUCAAUCCUUACUAA